UCAUGCAGCCCACCCACACAGAUUUGCCCUUACAACAUCCUCGUGGUUUAGGUUUAAUUCCAUUUUUAGACCCUUUAUUGCUUUGGAUGAAUUAACACAAUCAUAAAUCGGAUGCUAUGCCACGCUCCACAAAUGAAACUGUGGGUGAUCUAUCAAGCAGACUGAGUGGAAUGUCCUCUGGCUUUUGCUGUGUUUCAGCUUUCUCCACUGGAGGACACUGUGGUGUUGGCAUCUGACUAACCAACACAAGAAAGGUCUCUUUAACAGGUAGUGGCUUUUAAAAUUGAUUGCAGAAAUUAAAAAAAAUACAAAAGUAGUGUGGAAGGUUUAAUAAGAAAAUCUAAAUAUAGUUUUAGUAAUUAGAAAAAGCAUUCAACAGACUCUAGUCAGUGAAACAGUGACACUGAGAAAUGGUUUUAAUCUUUUUUGAGUAUAAACGUGAAGCUGGUAGAUAUCCUUUCAUUAACACAAUUUUCUCUGUCCACUGGCCAGAUCUAUGUGCCCUGCAAGUAAAUCCAAACACAUCUUUCUCUGUGUUAUCCUGUCUGUCUGAGGCCCAGCGAGGGGACAGAGGCAGUCAUCUGAAUUGAUCUCAAGUAAUUGGAGGCUGAGGGAAGAGAAGUCAAUGGACCGUGCAAAACAGAUCCAACAACCAUUACCUGUUUGCAAGUAUAAGAACACAAACAACUCGACUACUUCAGGGGAGAGGGAUCUGAGUCAAGGUCUGCUCCAGACCUCGUCAGCUUUGACUGCUCUUUGGUAAGAGUUAUUUUCCUGGGAUCAUUUUGAAUGCUAGGUAUUGACUACUGUCCAAAAAUGAUAUCUCGAUAAUCUAGGUGAUUUCAUUCAUUUGAUAAAACUGUCUUACACUUCCUCUUGUCCCUGCAGGAAUGCCGUCUGAAGAGUUUGUUCGUGGGAUGCUCUAUCUGUCCCUCACCAUUGUUGGAGUCCCGGGUAACACUGCUGUCAUCCUGGCAUUCCUCCUACUGCUGCACCAGGAGAGCCGGCUCCUCCCAGCUGAUGCCAUCGUGCUGCAUCUGGCCAGCGUGAACCUGCUGGUGGUGGGUGUUCGUUGUCUGCUGGAGACCCUGGCCUCCUUCCACGUGGCCAGCAUCUUUGGAGACAUAGGCUGUAAAGCUGUGAUUUUUGUCUACAGGACCUCCCGCGCCCUCUCCAUCUGGCUCACCUUCGUCCUGAGUGCCUACCAGUGUCUUAGCAUCGCCCCUCCCGGAUCACGCUGGGCCUCUGCCCGCGCCUUGAUGGCCCGCUAUUUGGGCAUUGUGUUCCUCUUCCUCUGGCUCCUCAACACCUGCAUGAGCUCAGCAGCCAUACUCUUCUCCUUUGGCAGACAGAAUAACUCUAGUUUGAUCAACCAUGGCAUUAAUGUAGAAUUCUGCUAUGUGAACUUCCCCUCAAAGCUGUCCAAACAGGCCAACGGGGCAAGCCAGGUGACCAGAGACGUGGUGCCCAUGGCCCUCAUGACCCUAGCUAGUCUGAUCAUCCUGGUCUUCCUUUACAAACACAGCCAGCAGGUGAAGGGACUCCGCAGCAGCAGCAGCAGCAGCAGCAGUGGAGGUGGUGGCGGUGGGGCCGAGCAACGAGCUGCCAAAGCCGUGGUAGCGCUUGUGACCUUGUAUGUGGUCCUCUAUGGGGUAGAUAAUGGGCUUUGGGUGUACACUCUCACUGUGAAGAAGACCAUGAGCUCCUCGCUGAUCUCUGACCUGCGUAUAUUCUUCUCCUCGCUCUAUGCAGCGCUAAGCCCUGUGGUCAUCAUUGCAUCCAACAGGAAGGUGAAUGGCAGGCUGAGAUGUGUAGCGCAGGAGAAGCCUGUUCAAGUGAAAGCCACAACUCUCUCUACUGUGUGAGGCAUGCUGGGAUGACUGAUUACCCACAGAGCUGCAGGGAAAGACAAGAUGAUAAGGACUGAAUUUUACCAAAGUCUGGGUCAUACAUGGGUCAUUCAGUCUUUGUAAUACACUGGCUAAAUUAUGUUUUGUGAUAGGAGUUGCAGGAGAGACUUUAUCUGUAGUGUAGCUCAUAAUAAUGAUGCUUUUUUCUUAUAUGUAUAAAAACAUUUCAUUUAUGAGACUUUUCAGAGAUAAUAUCAUAUAACUUAUGGGAGUUUAGCACCUGUAGCUUUGGAUGAGUAGGUGUACUUGUUGGUGGCUGGGGGUAGGGGUGGGGGCACCUAUUUUCUCACUGUCUUUAAUUAAAUAGGAAAACUGUCAUAACAGCCCUGUUACUCAACACUAGUCUGUAUGAAUCUCUGCUUAUCUGGCACCUUAUUGUUUUGUUUGUUUAUUUGUUACAUUUUCUCCAUCUUAAUUGGGUGGAAAAAUUAUAGCCGGGUGACUCAGGGCUCAAUGUAGCUGUCAAAUGACUUCCAGCUGCCUGUUUAGCUAUAAUUAAGGCUUUGAAUAGAAUCUUGGAAAUGUCUUGCGCUAAUGAGGCAGGUUAAUUGUCCCACAGAGAACUGGUUAAAAACCUGAUGGGGAAAACUAUAUUCUUCAGAGAGAAAAGAUGUAAAAGAUAUUCAUUACUUAAUACUUAAUUACACUAAGUACAAUGAUGACAAUGUAUGUCUGAGUUCUCCGGGUGCAGUUACAAAGAGGAGACUUAAGGGACACAAAGCUACAUCUUGGCACAAGCUCUGAAAGGUUUGCUGUGGAUGUGGAAACGUGGGAAUUUAGGAGUCAUUAUGUAAUUGCCAUGUCUUGGAGAAGCAAGGGCAGAAAGACACAGAGAGGACAUAACAACCUCUGUGAGUGACAGUCUAAAAGACAUAAAGUGGGGCUGCCAGCACACCAUGAUCCUGCAGUAACUCUAAAGUGCAAUAAGUGCAGUGAUAUUCAACUGCUGUUGCAAUGCAGGUAAGAAAGAGGAAGAGGAGGAGGAGGAGAAGAAGUCCUCUUUCUGUGCUUGUGUAGAACUGUUGAACUCAACACCAGGUUGACAUCCAAGGUUAUUAAAGGCUGUAUCUUUUGACACAGAGCAACAUUCACCUUUAUUUCAAAAGUUGCAACCAUUACAGCCCAUGGUAUGUGACUAUAUAUUUUUUUUGCAAGGCUCU